CCGCUUAAGAGUUCUAUAUAUAAACGUUCAAUAGGGACGGAAACACGUGUCUGCAAAAUCUUUCAUUUGGCGAGGAAUAUAAACAGAGCUCAAGUUUUCUGUUCGGCUUACCAGUAGUGCUUAUUCUAAGCCAGUUCACCAACGUGUUUUCUGUCUGUAGCUAUUUCGUAUCCUUUUUGGGAAAAUUUUUGGAAAAUGGGUUUUGAUCCGGACCGUCCAUUCAUUAUUCGACACGAUCACACCAACACCGUUUUAGAUGUUUUCAACGGCAGCGAUCAGAAUAAGCAGCAGAUCGUGUUCUACCAAUAUAACGGUGGCCCUAACCAACGCUUCACAUACCGUAAUGGAUUUAUUUACAGCCAAAAAAAUGGACUAGUGCUGGAUGUUGACCGCCACCCGGGCUGUGAAAUGCGUAUUACAACGUACAGUCCAAAUGGUGGGCCGAAUCAGCGUUGGAGAAUCAAAGAAAGUGGACGUAUCAAGUCAGAAUGCGGCGAUGACCUGGUGAUCGAGCCACGUCAUCCCGAUCAUCGUGGCAGCUGUAUGGAACCAGGGGUCAGCUCGCUGCUCACAGCCCAUGUGGGACAAAAGAGAAAAAGAGAUGACAGUCAGAAGUUUACCUUGGUUAAUGUGUAAGGCGGCGUUGUGUUGAGAAAAAAAAGUUUGUGAUGUGCGUCUCUGCAUGUGCUUUUAAAAUUAAUCAUCUUUUUAUGUGGCGGAUUAUACGUGUACUAACGAAGCAGCCCAAGCUGGACAACGAAAUCUGUAUGUUUGCCUGUGCCAGUACAUGUAGUGGUGAUUGAUUGCUGGGAAGACCGGCAAGAUUAAAGCAUUCCCACAAAA